AUGGCCGAAGAAUUCCAAGAAUUUGAAGUUAUUUUCCAGGAAAAUGAUGUGAACGAAGAGUUCCCAGGUCAUUCAAGUUACCUGGAAUCGCAAAACAACAAGUUGAUGAGAGGGAAAAAGAAGAAGAAUUCAGUUCCAGUGAAAAUCCCAGAAAAUGUUUCCGGGAAUUCAAGGUUUAAACAGGUGGAUUCAGGCUUCUUUGACGAUGAACAUUGUGGUGGUGACGAUGGAGAGAUAGGGCCGCCCCACGUGAUCUCGGGGCGGCGAAUCUCCAGAAAAAUGGCGUUCUCCGUCUGCACUGGAAAUGGGAGGACUCUUAAAGGCCGGGACUUGAGUCAAGUCCGGAAUUCUAUUCUCAGGAUGACUGGUUUCAUUGAAGCUUGACCAAACGCUAAACAUGAAUGGAGGAAAAUAAUGAAAGAAAGAAAGAAAGUGAAGGAA